AUGCAGACAAUAAAGUGUGUCGUAGUAGGAGAUGGUGCUGUUGGAAAGACAUGUCUUUUGAUCUCAUACACAACCUCAAAAUUCCCAGCAGACUAUGUUCCCACAGUGUUUGACAAUUAUGCCGUGACCGUAAUGAUUGGAGACGAGCCAUUCACAUUGGGUUUAUUCGAUACUGCAGGACAAGAAGAUUACGAUAGGUUAAGACCUUUAUCGUACCCAUCCACCGAUGUCUUUUUGGUCUGUUUCUCCGUUAUAUCACCAGCCUCCUUUGAAAACGUCAAGGAGAAGUGGUUUCCUGAAGUCCACCACCACUGUCCUGGAGUUCCAUGCUUGAUUGUAGGAACCCAAACAGACUUGAGAAAUGAUGAUGUUAUAUUGCAAAGGUUACAAAGACAAAAAUUACAACCUAUUACUCAGGAUCAAGGCGAGAAAUUGGCAAAGGAAUUAAGGGCAGUCAAGUAUGUCGAGUGUUCGGCAUUGACUCAAAGAGGAUUGAAAACCGUGUUUGACGAAGCUAUCGUAGCUGCUUUGGAACCGCCUGUGAUUAAGAAAAGUAAGAAAUGUACAAUCCUAUAG